CAUGGUGCUGGGCUUUGCAGAAAAUUGAUGUUAUAUGCCGAUGAGCGAUAGCGUAGUGUACAACUAUAUGAUGGAGGGAGGAGGAGGAACAGUGGCAUUGCCACCUAAAAAAUCAGUAAUCACUCAGCUUCAAACCAAAUGGGGGGAAUUAGAAAAUGGUUACAAAGGUUGGGUUUCUAAACAAUGUUUACCAGUUGAAAUUGCUACUGUCGCUGCCACCCAUGCUUUUCAAGGAGCUGCUUUCGGUGUUUUGCUUGGUAACAUUUUGAAGAAUUUUCGUCCAUUUCAGAAAUACGGGAGUAUUCCUUUGAUAGUAUCUUUAGCUCGUAAUUUUGCUCUUUUGAGGGGCACUAAUGGUGCUAUGACCUGUGGUAUGAAAAGAAUUAGAGGAGGGAAAGACGAUACCAAGGCUAGAACGGUGGCAGGUUUUACUUCUGGAUUCAUGACAAGUGUGAUUGAUGACUUUCCUUCUCCUCCUAACAUCUCUAUUGGGAUCGGAAUAGGGCUCCUCUUUGCGGUUUUAAAUGGUCUUCUGCACAAGGUAUUGUCUUCUCAGCAGCCAGUAUUGGAUGAUAGAUGCUAUACCAGAACAAGAUGCAUGUUGUCAAAGCUAGGCCUUCAGAAGUACGAGAAGCACUUCAAGAAACACUUGUUAACAGACAAUACUAUGCCAUUGCUUAAUCAUAGUGACCUUGCGGAGGCAAGAAUCCCUCUUGGACCAAGGGUUCUAAUACUGAACCACAUUGAAAGGGAUCGAAAGAUGCAGGGAGGCUGAAAAUAUACAUGUUGUGUGAAACUGAUGGUGAACAAUCAAGUUAUAUAUAUUAUGUAGAGGGAGGGAUACGUAAGUUGUUGUUGGGUGAAUUUCAAACCUUUCAGAAGUAAGUUCUACUGAAUUUCUUAAAUGUAAUUAGUUCUAACAGUAGGUAUAACCAUAUCACUGAAAACCCAAUGAUCUAGCUAGGAAAGCUAUUGUCAUGAUCUGAAGUUCACUGAUUGAUGCUUGCUUUAGAUUGAAUACUCAGUUGGAAUGCAGCAGUUGUGUUUUUAGUAUUAUUAUGUUAUUGCGCUUGAACCAUAUUGAACGUAGAGCCACGGCAGGAAAGUUGCCAACAUAAUAUUUGAUGCUACCAUCACUAGAGACUAAUUGUAAGGAUAUGAUCUCCCAUUAACAUGUAAAAACUUUUCUUGA